AUGUGUUUCAAAAUUGGCACAAUAAUAUUUUGCACAUUUUUCGUAUUUGUUUCUUCUACACACAUAAAGGGAGAGUUUUCGACAAAUGAUUUUUUCAAGUUCCUAGUGAAAUUUGGGUUCCAGAAGACAGAUAUUCAUUAUCAAAAGGAAACAUAUGGAUAUAUCUUUGGGAACAUUACCGCGAAUGUUUCAUUCAAGUAUCCUAUAACAUUUGCUGUUUUAGAUAGAGGCCACUUUUUACACUAUUAUAAGAGCCGAGAUAUUGUUGAUAAGGAGUUAGCAUGUCAGGUUAUGUUUCAAAACCUGAAUGGAACUGCUUACCAUCCCAAAUGUAACGCCUACGGUCAAGAUCUAUUUAGAAGAAUUCCAUGUCCUAAAGGCGAAUUGUGUGUUGAUGAAGAUACACCUUGGAAUGUGAUAAAGAAGAACCAGUUCACAUAUGUUAUCCAAAAUUCUGGACAACCAAGGUUCUGGUAUGUAUCAAUGGUAUCAUGUUACCUUGAUGAAGUUACUUGUACAUGGCAUCACUACACUGGAGCACCCUCAUCGGACAACAAAACCCUAACCAAUAUACCACAGAUUAUUAACUAUGAUUUCUGGCUGGUCAAUGGAAGUCCAAAUUUGUCAUUUUACAAUACUCUACUGUACCAGUUCUCAUUUGACAGGCAGAAUACCUUAGAGUUGUAUCUAGUGUUUUGGCUAUGCUAUAUUAUCUUAUUGCCAGUCCAGAUAUAUGCAGUCAGAACUCAAAAGCACCCUGUGACUAAGUUGUUUACAUUCAGUCUUGUUCUGGAGUUCAUUGCCUUGUGCUUCAAUGUACUGCAUACUGUGAAGUUCGCUGUGGAUGGUGUAGGGUUCGCUGGGUUGGCUGCAGCUGGAGAUGUCUUAGAUAUCAUGAGCAGAACACUUUUCAUGUUGCUCCUACUUUUGUUGGCAAAAGGUUGGGCAGUGACCAGGCUGGAGCUCACAUACAAACCUCUGGUCUUUGGAGUAUGGCUGGCUUACGGAAUAGUACAUAUUCUACUUUAUGUGUGGAAUACCACGGAAGUGGAUAUUAUUGAAGAAAUAGAUGAAUACCAGACAUGGCCUGGCUGGUUGAUCCUGGCUCUGCGAGUAGCAAUCAUGACGUGGUUCGUACUCGAACUUCGGUACACGAUGAUGUACGAACACAACAUGCCAAAACUUAAUUUCUUACUACACUUUGGCGCUUCAAGCCUCGUGUGGUUUGUUUAUUUGCCGAUUAUAGCGCUCAUAGCGCUACAGAUCAGCCCUCUAUGGAGGUUCAAGUUUUUAUUAGGGAUCACAUAUUCAGCGGAUUGUCUCGCUUUUUGUGUAAUGUCACACUUGCUGUGGCCGACACGCUCAGAACAGUACUUAUUACUAGCGCCCACUGAUUAUACAGCGGGCAUAGAAGAACUAGAUGAAUUCAACGAGUCACCUCAUGUGGUACACAGCGACACUGUGGCUCUCACCACGGCCGAGUGCAUCAACGCAGACGACGAAGAGAUCAUAUUUACCAGAGCAGCACACAAAAAUGGCACCGCCUUCUCAUAG